AUGGGCCCAGUCUGUCUGGAACCAGAGGGAGACCCAUCAGUAUGGGCCCAGUCUGUCUGGAACCAGAGGAGGACCCAUCAGUAUGGGCCCAGUCUGUCUGGAACCAGAGAAGGACCCAUCAGUAUGGACCCAGUCUGUCUGACUGGAAUCAGAGGGAGACCCAUCAGUAUGGACCCAGUCUGUCUGGAACCAGAGGGAGACCCAUCAGUAUGGACCCAGUCUGUCUGGAGACCAGAGGAAGACCCAUCAGUAUGGACCCAGUCUGUCUGGAACCAGAGAAGGACCCAUCAGUAUGGACCCAGUCUGACAGAACCAGAGAAGGACCCAUCAGUAUGGACCCAGUCUGACUGGAACCAGAGGAGGACCCAUCAGUAUGGACCCAGUCUGAUGGAACCAGAGGGAGACCCAUCAGUAUGGACCCAGUCUGUCUGGAACCAGAGGAGGACCCAUCAGCAUGGACCCAGUCUGUCUGGAACCAGAGGGAGACCCAUUAGUAUGAACCCAGUCUGUCUGGAACAAGAGGAGGACCCAUCAGUAUGGACCCAGUCUGACGGAACCAGAGGAGGACCCAUCAGUAUGGAACCAGAGGAGGACCCAUUAGUAUGGAACCAGAGGAGGACCCAUCAGUAUGGACCCAGUCUGUCUGGAACCAGAGGAGGACACAUCAGUAUGGAACCAGAGGAGGACCCAUCAGUAUGGACCCAGUCUGACUGGAACCAGAGGAGGACCCAUCAGUAUGGGACCAGAGGAGAACCCAUCAGUAUGGGACCAGAGGAGGACCCAUCAGUAUGGAACCAGAGGAGGACCCAUCAGUAUGGAACCAGAGGAGGACCCAUCAGUAUGGACCCAGUCUGUCUGGAACCAGAGGAGGACCCAUCAGUAUGGACCCAGUCUGACUGGAACCAGAAGAGGACCCAUCAAUAUGGACCCAGUCUGACUGGAACCAGAAGAGGACCCAUCAGUAUGGACCCAGUCUGACUGGAACCAGAAGAGGACCCAUCAGUAUGGACCCAGUCUGACUGGAACCAGAGGGGGACCCAUCAGUAUGGACCCAGUCUGUCUGGAACCAGAGGAGGACCCAGUCUGUCUGGAACCAGAGGGAGACCCAUCAGUAUGGACCCAGUCUGUCUGGAACCAGAGGAGGACCCAUCAGUAUGGACCCAGAGGAGGACCCAUCAGUAUGGACCCAGUCUGACUGGAACCAGAGUUAACUAACCUGUGUCUCUGCAGCACCAUGCCUGAAGAGGAGAGAAUCAAACACAACCAACCCCCCCAUCAGCACCCCCACUACCACUAA